CUGCUGCAGAGAGCGUCGCUCGUGACGUCAUCCUGCCGGAUCGGCUGCUGGGCACGGGCGGAAAAUGGGCACAGAUCCGCGAGGACAAAAGGUUGGGAACCCAAGGAAGACAAAUUAGGUGCAGCCGUAGGAGACCUAACGGUGGUCAAGACAUCAUUGAAGAACUAAUUCAAGGAGAAUGUUUCAUCUCCUUCCUCAGCCGCUCGCAAACCCAGUGUUUCGAAGAUGAGUGGUCCUCUGGGGUGCCUGGCCACUGUACCUGCCUGCCCUUGGCAGUACUGGGUGGCGUGAGCAGAUUGCUCCAUCCUGGCAGCCGCAGGAGCGUGGAAUGGCCUCUUUGGACCUGCCGUACCGUUGUCCUCGCUGUGGGGAACACAAGCGCUUUCGAAGUCUGUCCUCCUUGCGUGCCCAUUUGGAGUACAACCACACCUACGAGACCCUGUACGUGCUAUCCAAGUCCAACAGCGUGUGCGAUGCCGCUGCGCUGCUCCCCUUAGUGGCUGACAGAGCCCUCACCGCCGAAUCUCAUUUUCCAUACCGUGAGCUUCCCUGCUCAGGCGAGGAGCUCGGUCUCGCCCCUUCCUCUACCGCUUGCUACCUGCCCAAUGUGGAGUUUCCCCUGGGCGAGAUUCUGGUGAAGACAGCCAUGAGCUCUGGUGAUGCCUUGACCUCCACAGGGAACAACGCUGUCGCGGUGGCCGCUAACGUGGCCGCCAGCGCGGUGGAGGCAGCUUACGAGGAGGGCCUGGCUCGGUUGAAAGCCCGGGCGUUUGAGAGGCUCGAGCUAGAUGAGAGGUUGGAGAAGCUGUCGGAGGAGGUGGAGCAAAAGAUCGCCACGCGCGUCGGCCGUCUGCAGGCGGAGCUGGAGAGGAAAAGCUCGGAGCUGGAGAAGGCCAAGAUAGAGAGCGAGAGGCUCAGUCAUGAAAAACAAGACCUAGAAGACAAGGCCACCGAGCUUUCGCGGCAGGUGGACGUGUCCGUGGAGAUGCUUGCCAGUCUGAAGCAGGAUCUGGUUAACAAGGAACAGGAGCUGUCACACAAACAACAAGAGGUGUCCCAAAUUGACCAGUUCCUGCAGGAAACAGCUGUGCGUGAAGCCAGUGCCAAAGUGCGUCUUCAGCAGUUCAUCGAGGAGCUGUUGGACCGGGCCGACCGCGCUGAGAAACAGCUCCAGAUCAUCAGCAGCUGUACUACCACUCCUAACGGCAGCCUGGGACACUGCAGCCUGCAGGGAUCCAAACCUAAUGGACGCCAGAGAAAUUCCAGCAUCUCUGGGGCAUCCCGGGGAAUGUACCAAGUGUCCGAUCGACGUUCCUCCCCGAGCACUGCAGCAUCAGGACGAGGAAAGUCCAUGUCUCAAGGUUCAGGUGGGUAUGACAGCGACAGUGUAGAUCUGCACGCUCUGGAGGACUGCCCUGAUGCUCAGUACUAUCACGUCCAGUGCCGGCUCGGGGAGGGAGGUGGUGGAGGCUACGAGAGAGCGGGUGCUUCCCGGAGUUGGGGUCUCCGCAAACAGGCCAUCCAGAACUGGCAGCGUCGGCCAUACCGGAACAGCACGGAGGGGGAAGAGGGCGACGUGUCAGAUGGAGGCUCCCGCACCACAGAGUCCGAAGCCGAUCUGUGGGAGCAGGACAGGAGAGCAGAUUGCCAGCAGCACGGGCAGAUCCGUGGGGGAUACAGACUGGCUUCAGGACGUUCUGAAGGAGGAUACAAGCCUUGCAGACACGAGAAAAGUCCCUCUAAAGUCAACGAGGUGAUCAGUCCCGAGGUGCUGAAGAUACGUGCCGCUCUGUUCUGCAUCUUCACCUACCUGGACACUAAGACGCUCCUGCGGGUGGCUGAGGUGUGCCGGGAUUGGAGGUUUGUGGCUCGCCAUCCAGCGGUGUGGACCCGGGUGCUUCUGGAGAACGCUCGCAUCUCUUCGAAGUUCCUGUGUACGUUGUCUCAGUGGUGCACGCAGACGCAUUCCCUGAUCCUCCAGAACCUCAAACCCAGACAGAGGGGCAAAAAAGAAACAAAGGAGGAAUAUAUGAAGAGCACACGUGGGUGUCUUGAGGAGGGUCUGGAGGCCAUGUUGAAAGCUACUGGCAGUAAUCUACUCAUCCUGAAGGUGUCUCAUUGUCCCAAUCUACUGACUGAUCGCUCUCUGUGGUUAGCGAGCUGUUAUUGCCGAGCCCUUCAGGCUGUCACAUACAGGAGUGCCACAGACCCUGUUGGACAGGAGGUUAUCUGGGCAUUGGGAGCUGGCUGCAGAGACAUCAUCUCACUACAGGUGGCGCCGUUACAUCCAUGUCAGCAGCCGGCACGCUUUAGUAACCGGUGCUUGCAGACCAUUGGCAGAUGCUGGCCACACUUGCGAGCUCUGGGUGUGGGCGGGGCGGGCUGUGGCAUACAGGGAUUGGCUUCUUUGGCGAGGAACUGCAUGAGGCUUCAGGUAUUAGAGUUGGAUCAUGUCAGCGAGAUAAAUCAGGAAGUGUCGGCUGAGAUGUGUCGUGAGGGACUGAAAGGGCUGGAGAUGCUGGUGCUCACAUCCACUCCUGUUACUCCUAAAGCCCUGCUGCACUUUAACAGUGUGUGUCGUAACUUAAAGUCCAUUGUAGUGCAGAUUGGUAUAGAAGAUUACUUUGAAGACCCCAACAGUCCCGAGGCAAGAAAACUGUUUGACGAAAUGGUGAAUAAGCUUCAGGCACUGAAGAAGAGGCCUGGUUUCUCCAAAAUCCUCCACGUGAAGGCUGAUGGCUUGUGCUAACUCUGCUUUGUCGAGUUUAGAGCCACAUGAAGGUUCACAGAAUAUUUCAAACCGAUCGAGUCUACCUUGUCCUCAAUGAAACGAGGAAGAAACACACUUCCGCAUCAGUUUGAACUCCAACCACCGGUCAACCAUAUCGAGAUGGAAGAACUUCUGUUAGCUUUGACGCGACGCCACCAAAUCCAGGAGUCUAUGAAGACUGAUAACCAAACCUUUAGAAAAACAGACGCAAUUCAAAACAGGUAAAGACGACAGACUAAGGCGUGUUCUCCUGCUGGCCAAACGUACUAAACUUUACGAAGGUCUCAGAGAAUGUCUUCUCUUGCCUCAGAGCACAAAGCUGCAGGUGGGACACGUCUCGGUUUUGAAACAACAAAAAAUGUCAAAUCAACAUGAAAUCCAAACAGCACAAAUAUAAAAAUGCACAUUUAAGAGAGGGUUCAAUGAACUCAAUUGCUUCCCCAGCAAUUCAAGGCGAGAGGAUAAUUAGUUUUGGACCGGAUGCUUCGGUCGACCACAUUACUAGGACAAUUCUAACAUAAUCACCAGCUUCGGACAUGGCUUACUGAGAUCCUUAUUUAGGGAUGCCUUGUCUCCAUAGAAACUACUAUUACAUACAGCUAUCUUGUGUCUGUAAGCAGGAGUUUGUACAGAAUGAAGAAGAGAAACAACAUGAGAACUUCUCCACUACCAGGAUGGUCUUUCGUCAGCUCUUCUGCCCCAUUUGUGACAAGAUUUAGUCAUAUUGCCAAGACCACUGAGGGUUGUGGCUGUUCGUCACAGGAUUUGUUGAAAGCCUUCUCCGUGCCAUCCAUAGCUCCAUUGUGUUCUUAUUACCAUUUUAGUUGUACCCAAUGUGCCAUUAGUGAACUUUUUCAGUGGAACCUAAAAGAUCUUUACGUCAUACAGUACCAUGCCAGGUGUGCACUUAUCUAAAGAGAAUUUAAGGGCAAAUUCAUGUAGUGAGGGUGCUGUACUGCAAACGUUUUUCCAUUUGUCGUACCUUUAUCAUUUAAAUGUCAGAAGAACUAGUAUAUCAUGUGUUGUGUGUAACUCAAGCAGGUGCUUCUGCUGGACCCACAGCUCUACUCUGCGGCCAUUGAACUGCUGUAAAUGUACACGCUGCUGAAUGAGGAAUUCUGGUUGUGAAUUAUGAAUGUAGACAUUGCGCAACCCAAUGAUGAAUUAGAUUACUUUCACACUUGAGCUUAUGGAGUGGAUCCGAAUCGGUUUGACGUGAGUUUUGAUUUCAUUUGUUAGUCUGCGAUCAGUUUUCCGAGCUCAGGUGUGCACGACAUGUGAAAGGCGGUCUGGUUUUGAAUUGGUAUGGAAGCUGUUAGUGGAAGUGAAUUGCUGUUGAUGACAUACACACUCUCGGUCACAAUUUUGUUGCUGCCUUACAUUUUAAGUGCAAUCAAAUUGGCUUUAUAAAUCAUUUCAACUCGCCACUGUAAAUUUUCUUAACUUGUUGAUGAACUUAUUUUGAUGGUUGAAGCUAUGUGAAAACAAAACAUUGUCAAAUAUUAAGUUGAAAUGACAAAAAAGGCAGCAAAAAAACAUUUGUGUGCGCAACUGCAGGUGCUCAUCUCACAGCUGCUUGUCUCUGAAUAACUUGCCUUCAGAAAGUAUUCUUUUCAUCUUUUGCAACAGUUCUCUGCAUGUAAAAUUUUGGUGGUAAAUCAAACGGGACAACAACAUGAAUAUAACCGUAGGGGGUGUCAUAUAGUUUAUGAGUGGAAAUGUCAUUGCAGACAAUAUACGACUGGAGAAUUUAAGAUACCAGUCCAAUAUGAUUUUCAGUUUUUCUGAAUUUAUUUUAUAUAGGUGUGUGUCUUUAAAGCGGCAGUCCGUAGGAUUGGCCUCUUUGUCACCAUCUCAGUUUGUAAAUUGCUACUGCAGGUGAUGUGCGGAGAUAUUUCUUUACGCAAGUUGUGAUUCGGCACUGCUCAACUGCGCGGAUGAGUCUUCACUGUACAUCAGUAGCGCAUAAUAAACACAGAUAACAUGGCAGAUGAUAUAACACGAAACAAAUAAGAACAUAAACGGACACAAAUAAGAACAUAAACAGACGCAAAUAGCGCAAAUGGAGGCUGUGUUGAAGUGUUUUGAUAUUAUUUCGGGUGCUGGGUCAUUUUGUUAUUUCUCAUGGAAACUCCCGUAACGCGAACCGGACAGAAGAUCCCCGAACGCAGGUCUCAAAUGCUGACAGGCACGGUCAUAAAUCAUUGUACAUCAUACAACUAUAUAUACUAUAUGCAAAGCCUUGCCAUCAUAUCCGGGAUAUAAGUCCGUAAAUUUGAGUAAAAUCACAGGCUUCACAUGUCCGUGCUAAUGAAAUGCAGAUGCGGGGAGGUCAUUUCUAAAUCACAUGAGGUCCCCAGAUAAUACUAAUCCCGGGCGAAUAGGUCUUAAAUUACAUUUAUCAUAAUGAACAUAAAGAGAGAAAGAACAACCGAUGAAACUGUACCCGUCUAUAUUAACACAACAAGUCUUUUGAACAUAUCUAUUGAAAUAUAAAAAAUUUGUCUUACGUGUUCAGAAGAAAUAAAGCAAUGUCUGCAUCCGUUUACAAUCCUUUCAGAUCACAGAGUUCCCGCCACCUUUGAAAUGCCUUGCCAAUAUUAACUUUCGCACGAGUCCUAUCACAUUCCCUGUUUCUUUGUAAACCGUCUUCAGUUCGUUCUUUCUUGUUUUUCACAAAUGAUGAAUCCCCAGAUGUCAACACUGCUUGGCGUUUAAAUCCUACCCAGCAGUUGUGAGUACACGCUACAAAUCGCCUGUCACUCGCAGCAUCCACGCUCUGGCUAGCAGCCGGAUCCUCUUCCUUCUGUGUACAAAUGUGACGAAAUGACGCACAGAUGAAAGACACCAUAUAAGGAUCUCCGGAAAAGUCGACCCGACAGGGCAAAUUACAAACCAUUAUUACAAGCUUUCCGUGGUGAAUCCAGCAAGGGUAGUGACACAGUUUUAAACACCGUUCUUUCAUGUACUUGCUCAACAAUUUGUUUUAGCUAAUUUUUACUCCAAAAAACUUGCAGACUGCCGCUUUAAGUAAACUAAUCAUUUUACUUAAAGGUUCUGUGUGUGGAUUUAGCGGCAUCUAGUGGUGAGGUUGUGAAUUGCAACCAACGGCUCACUCCACACCUCCCUUUCAAAGCACUACGGAGCUGACACAGGACAAAGAUGUUGUCACGUUUUCGCUUCUUUGCCUAAUGAGAUAACGUAUUUUCAAAACGCGCCCUGUAGAGCAGUUUGUCCGUUUAGGGCUACUGUAGGAACAACAUGGAGAAUUCCAUGUAAGGGGACCUGCAGUGUAUGCAGAUAGAAAUAGCUCAUUCUAAGCUAAUAAAAACAUAACGCUUCAUUAUAUCAGGUCUUUAUGCACCUCUGAAGGCAUCGUUAUUUAUAUUAUAUUGAAUUUCUGUCAGUAGAUUCUCCAGAAAAUAACACGCAGAACUUUUAAAGGCAAAACUGAGUGCUCUCUUAAUGUUCCUGCGGCUGUAUAUUCACCUAGAAGGGAUCAAAUAAAAUAACAUGGGUUUUCAGAAUUCACUACUGAUAUAUCUAGGUUUAGACUUCAGUUUCUUGGAUAUACCUUUUAUUGCCUGACUUCUGGAAUAAAUUAUGAUGAUAUCUACAAUAGGCCAAUGCUGUCACAUUAGACUCAAAUGUAUCGAUUUAUAGACGCUUUGUGUCUGAUAACAUAUUGUGUUACUCCAUGGUUGCAAAAGAUAACUAAAUGUGUUCAGGUUUUCUGAAAUGAUAGAGAAGCUACAGUAUACCAUUCGUUUCUUUAAAACGUGCAAAUGCAAUAAUACUGUUGAAAGUAAUGGUCUCUGCCAUUACCCAUCAGGCAUUGCUGCUCGACUAUGUGUGUGAACUGAAAUAGCUGAACAUAUCCAAACGGUCCACUCGAAGUGCUUCAGUGAAGUCGAGCACUUCUAUUGUGCAAUGUUCUGUUUCCUAAGUCACAUCACGGAGCUUCAACUUGAGAGUAUUUCUAUUUUUACAGUUGGCGAAGACGAAGUUUCAUUUGAAGUGAAGUUUGCUCUGGUGGUUCUUGGUUUUUGUUUGCUGAAAUGGGGACCAGAAUGGAAACCUCACCAGGAGGUAAGUCAAAAAACUGGAACCUACCCACAACACCAUAUAAUGAGUGUGCUGGCACUCCUGUCUUCUGAAGACUGUAAAAACUGUAUGUAUAUGUCGUUUCUAUAAGAAAGGAAUUAGGUGUAAAUAUUCUAAAUGUAAUAUAAAGAUCAUCUGUAGUGUUUAAGGGUACCGCAAAAGAUUUCCAGCAUGGCGUUCGUAUCGACCAGAUGAACUGGGAAAGUAUUACAUUUGCAGUACGCAGUGUAUGAUAGAUGCUUUAUCAGGAAAGUGUAUCAGAGUCCUAUAGAGAUGGAAAUAAUUUAAAAAGAGAGUACAGUUUAUUUCAGCUAUUUAUUUCUAUAAAAAGAGAUGUCUAUGAUGAUGGCAUGUUUGUGCUAAAGCAUUAUAUAUCAUGUUGCCUUUCAACUGUUCUGCUGUAGAUGUCAUUAGAUUAUUAGAGAUCUGAGUGCUCUGGAUUACUGCUUGCUGCCUUUCAUUUUUAGACUGUGCAACCGCUGCACCAUUACAAUAAAAAGUAACUGCUAAUGUUUAGUAUUAAGCUGUUGAUGUUCUAUUUUUUUUCAUGUCGUACAUUUUCAAUGAAUUGGACGAUGCACUUUUCUUUGAUUCGGAGCUCUUCAAGCGCUCGGAUGAUUCGUGCAAUUUUUCCGUUCCUAAACUUUCCUCUAUUGCACCGGAAUACUUUCAGCUUUUCAUGACAAGUGUCCGGUCCCUUUGAUAGUUUUGAUGACUUUUUAUGAAAUCCUUGGAGUGGUCCUAUUUGAUGCAUAGCAUUAACCUGCCAUAUAAGUAGAUGGUAACAAAAUGUUGGUAUAAUGCUUGGUCAUGUAAAAACAUUUUUUUCUGUUUUUGUUUUGGUGUCAGGAGAAGGUGCUAGGUGAACAAUGCGAAGAGCACUUUGAAUUUAAAAGCUGAUGUAACCAAAUUAAGGCCAAAUAUAAGCACUUCAUUUUUGAACUGAUUCUGUACGCUUAUUCGAGAGAUUCGGAACUUGCUGAUCAGCUAAAAAAUGUAAUUGAUCUGAAAAGAUUUUAGGCAAAUGGUGUUUAUUUGUAUCGGAUGUCCUAAACUGACAGAUUUCAAAAUGAUUUUAGAUAAAGGAUCUAGUAAAAACACAAUGCCACUUUACUCAGAAAGACCUGAAGCACUCAGAAAGAUAAAUAUAUCCAUUAUAUAACCAGUCGUUUUUUAUACCACAAGACCUUCUUGAAACAAUCAGUUAUAGUGGUGUUAGCUAUUGUAGGUGCCAGGUGUUGUGACAUUCCAUGUGUAGCUGUAUUUGUAACCAUUGCAAAUAAAUGAACUAUUGUUACCAGUGUUUCAAAAAGACAUAAAUCUGCAAACAUUUAUUUAAUAAUAAUGGAAUACUAUCAUUAUUUGAAGCUUUUUUUGUUCCUUUUACGUUUUUUGGAAUAGCCUGCAGUAAAACAAAAUGCCAACAUACUGUACGUGCAAAAUAAAAUUAUUCAAACUCCACAGCCCUGGGAUGACUAUACAAAACUGUAUACGUAUCUGUAUGUGCAGAAUAUGAUUUUCAUUGGUCUGUUUUGGUAUUUAUUUUAUUCUUUGAUUUCAUUGCAUCUUAGUUUUUUUGGAUCUGUACCUAUCUUUGUGCCAUUAGUUUUUAGCUAAGAUGUAUUUAGCAGCUUGGCAUUACCUCUUUGGCUCUUGCUUGAAUGAAUGAUUGUAUUUUUUGUUUCAACUGCUUUUAUGCAUUACCUCAGACAUCUUCGGGAAUCUUGUGAAUUGUGUUGCAUUUUUAUAUCAGCUGAUAGAGUGAAUUGCAUUGACAUUCUUUAAUGAAUACCCAGCAUAUCCUGUUCCAUUGCACACAACGGCAAUUCAUCACCCAAAGUUAGUCGCUUUAAUAUUUAUUGAUAAAUGUUCACUUUUGAACUCUUUUCUCUUUGCCUGUGGGAGCAACUGACUGCAGACUUUUGUUAACAUUGGUUGUAUUGUUGUGGUCUGCUUAGUGGCAUUUCAUAUCGUCUGAUCGAUCCGUUAUCACAGUUUGCUAAACGCUGAAUAUAAGAGUGUGACGGAAUUGUUUACAUUCCUAAUCUCAUGCCAUUUUAUUCCAGGCAUAAUCCUAUGAGUUAUAAUAAAAACCUGAUACAUAU